CAUUGGGUUUUAAAUGUGUUCAUGAAGAAAAUACAUUUGACGCGUCACACCAGGCAGUAAGUAAGACACACACACAUUUAUGCACAUACAAACAAGUACAGUACGCAUGCACACACGCACACCCACAGUGGUGUUGUUUAAGGGAACAGGAAGUUUAUGACAUUCUACAAAUACAGAAUCAACUACACCGAGAAGAGGACGUCAAAAACUAAUUUCAAUUCAACACUGGGAAAAAAGUGCCAUGCGCUGCCUUUUUAUUUUCAUUCUUUUUACUUCAAGUGUUGCCAGUCAGGCGUAUAGGCAUUUUCAUGUUAAAACUGGAGCAUCUGUCACUAUCCCAUGUGGUUAUUAUAAGGAAUAUUUACAGCAUAAGAAAUACUGGUGCUCUGGGAAAUACUUCAACUCCUGUGAAAUUCAGGCGUAUACCAAUCAAACAACGGGAAAAGUGACAGUAACUGAUAACCCAACUGAGAGUCUCUUUACUGUAACUAUACAUAAUCUGAAUACAGGAGACACUGGAUGGUACUGGUGUGCUGUAGAGAUUGAUAGAGGGACUGAUAUUAGUGAAUACCUUCAUAUCACAGUGAAACAAGAUCCUGAUCUGUCUGUGAAUAAGAGCAGCGUGAUCGGUAAAGAAGGAGCCAUUAUCACAAUCCAGUGUCUCUACAGCACUGCAUAUCGGAAUACACAGAAGCAGUGGUGCAGAUUCAAAGACAGGCACUGCAUCACAUUUAAAACAGAAACAUCCUGGGACUCAAGAAUACAACUCAGUGAUGAUGGGAGAAGAUUCCUCAGUGUGAAUAUGAGUAGACUGAAGAAGAGUGAUGCUGGCUGGUACUGGUGCAGUGCAGGAGAUCUGCAGGUUCCUGUUCUCAUUGAAGUUAAUAAUUCAUCAGUUUCAACAAAUAAAGCAAACAAUGGUACAGCUGAAAGGAAAAGCGAGUCAGACGAUGGAAUGAUGCUGCUCUGGAUUCUGGUGGCUUUAGGACUGGGGCUGCUGUUUAUUCUGGUCAGCUCUGUAACCUACAUGUUGAGAAAGGCAUACAAGAAGGAAAAUCCAUCAAGUACUAGAGAGAAGAACCAUCAUACACCACCAUCAGCACUGGGUCAUGAAGGAGAUGUGACCUACACCGCUGUGAGCCAUUCAACCAAAAAUCAAACUCAUUCUCAGUUGGUCAAAGAUGAUGAAGUGACCUACGGGAAUAUGCAUUCUCAGGUAGUCAAAGAUGAUCAAGUGACCUACGGGAAUAUGAAUUAUCCAACAGACAACUAUAAUGAAGUGACCUACAGCAGUGUGUGUACUUCAUGAAGCAGAGAUGAUGGGACACCUUAGAGAAGCCAAUCCACCUAGAAGCUUUUCUUUUGGAGCAGCAAAACCAGAGAAAACACAUAUAGAAAUCUGUACAACCUUCAACACUGCAAAAAGCUAUUAACCAGCCAGAAAAAAAUACAGUUUAUAUGUUGUUUAUAUGGCCUUGUUCAAACAAGCAACUAUAAUUUGAGUGUUAAAAAAGUACUUUUUUUUUUGAUCAUUCAAAUUAUCUUCCUGACAUUCUUUGUAUAUUCUUUGUAAGGGCUUAGAUGUAUGGGGGAAUAUAUAAUUUUAAAAUGGCAAGCUUUUUUAAAAAGCUAUUUAAAAAGCUACAGAUUUUGAGCAAAAUGUUAAAGCGCCAGACAGGAAGAGGAACUGAAAAGAUGCGCCAGACAUAGACAUACUGUAGUAACAAAGGGUUAAGAAACCUCCAAAGAUUGUAAGAUGUAAUGUUCAGGUCAGUGAGAGGCUCUGAAAAAUCUAUUGAAAACUUUUAUAUUAUAAUAAUAUGUCUAUUUUUCUCCUGUAUUUCUAGUUACAUAUAAAGAAUCUGG